CUGAACACUGAACCAAACGUUAAUGUGAUACUAACAUGGACUGAACAGGGGAGGUGACUCUGUCUGGGACCAAUGAUCAGCAUCAGGUGCAUUUUGGGAUCAUCUGCAAAGCAUCUGGCUUCUCUUCCAGCAUUAGGACACAAGAUCCAGCUGCAGAUCAGGAUGUCCAGCUCAUCUCACCCGCUGGCUGCAGUCUGUCAGCUGACGGCUACUCCGGACAAAGAGGCCAACUUCUCAGUUUGUAAACAGCUGGUGGAAGAAGCCAAGGAGCGAGGGGCCAGCAUGGUCUUCCUGCCUGAGGGCUUUGACUACAUUGGAUCCAGUAGAGAGGAGACGCUGUCGCUGUCAGAGAGCCUGGCAGGAGACAUGAUGUCAAGAUACACUCAGCUGGCCAGGAAGUUGGAGGUGUGGCUGUCUCUUGGAGGAUUUCACGAGCGAGGACACGACUGGGAGACCGACCGACGAAUCUUCAACAGUCACAUCAUAAUCAAUGACAAAGGAGACAUCACUUCAGUCUACAGGAAGUCCCACUUGUUUGAUGUGGAGCUGCCAGAAAAAGGUGUUUCCCUCAAAGAAAGUGCCUUCACCAUCCCUGGACCCUCCCUCGUGCCCCCAGUCCAAACUCCGAUUGGCAAGGUCGGCUUGGGCAUCUGCUACGAUCUAAGAUUUCCUGAGUUAUCGCUCGCUCUGCAAAGGCACGGAGCCGACAUCCUGACGUACCCAUCAGCCUUCACUGUCGCCACAGGAGCUGCUCACUGGGAGGUGUUACUCCGUGCACGGGCAAUCGAGACCCAGUGCUUCGUCCUGGCGGCGGCGCAGGUCGGCCCGCACCACGAGAAGCGCUCGUCGUACGGCCACGCCCUGGCGGUGGACCCGUGGGGGGACGUGCUGGGUGACUGUGGAGGGGAGAAGCCUGGCAUGGUGGUGGUGGAGGUCGACCUGGAGAAAGUCAGCAGAACCAGGAGGAACAUGCCGGUCCAACAGCACCGCAGAGACACUGCUUUCUACCACAGUCUGGCUCAAACUUGACACAAAUGCAGAGUUCAAACUUAGUCUCACUGAAAGACACAGGCUGUGAGGAACACAGUGUGAAACAAAACAAACAAGAUGCUGUCUUGAAUUAACAUCCUGAAGAGGAGGAAAUGAAGGAAUGAAGAUGGAUUUACACACAGCAUUCUUCAAAACAGAAAUCACUUUUAGCUUGUCUGAUCAACACCAGGCUGUGGGCAAAAUGCCAAAAAAUUAUCAUCAAAAGAGCAGAGACUCAAGGCUAAGAUGGUGAAAACAUGAGUUUACUUCCUGUCAAAUUAAUAAUCAAUAAAUACUGGAAAAGUUCCAAACACGAAGCAGUUGUUCUGCUCCUGAGGAGAUGCAAGUAGAACUGUAGCGUGCUGCUGGUGAUGGUGGCUGAGGGGGGAAAAAAAAACCUCCUCUGUAGCUGAUUUUUAAAAAAUUUGAGUCAUACUGUCUUCACUGCAGCAGAUAAUUUAAUUUCCACAGCCUCUUAUCGAUUCAUCAGUCAAGAAAAUGAGCUCAGAGCUCAAGUCGUCCCUAAAGAGCCUGUAAAUGAUCGUACUCAAACUGAUCAAUAGAUGGUACUAUUGGGCAGGAAGAAGGGAGGAAACUGGAGGACAUGACAAAGGCUUGCAGUAAAACAUUUUGUUCUAGAUGUAUUAUAAUUAAAAAUUAAAAUGUGACUUUGAAGGGUUGUAGAAAAAAUGUGCCUGUAUGAUUAUUAAAUGACAUACAAAUGUGUGGAAAGAUUAAAGAUGAACUUAGAUCUAA